AUGUCCGUCAACCCAGCGCCAUCCCUGCAGCUCGCAGACUACCUCGAGAAGCUGCCCGGCACCACCUUUAGAAAGCUGUACCAGCAGCCCUCGACGGCGUUUGCCAUUUUUCGGCGCAUGCUGCCGCAUCUAGCCAAGACACUCGUUAUGCGCAUCCUCUACAUGCCCAAGCCGAUGCCUCUCAGCGACCUCGACCUUUGGGUGAAGCCAGACGCGAAGAGACAGCGAGACCAUGCCAUCUCGACCCUCAAAGGCCUCCACAUUAUCCAAAUCUCCAUGCCGUCCAAGGAGAAGCCCCAGGAAAUGCAGCUGACAACCAACUUCAAAAACUCCCUGCGGCUGGCCCUCACCGGCGGAGGCGAACACAACUCGUUUGGCGUGCCGUCGACGCUCCUCGUCCCACCCGAGAUCGACACGCCCUUCCUCGACCGCUACGCGCGCAAGAGGUGGGAGGACAUUCUGCACUUUGUCGUCUCCAGCGUCGGAUACAAGAGCACGGGCGACGUGUCGGGCCCCAACAAGAGCGUCAAGGAGCUCCUCAUCGCAGGCAGGCUGGUCGACCGCCGCCCCAACGGCACCAUCGGCAUCACGCAGGCCGGCUUCACCUUCCUGCUGCAGGAGCCAAACGCACAGGUCUGGACCCUGCUGCUGCUCUGGCUCGAGGCCAGCGAGACGAACAAGGCGGCCGGCCUCGAGACGGUUGACAUGCUCUCGUUCCUCUUCGUCCUGGCGAGCCUCGAGCUCGGCCGCGCCUACGACACAAACGCCCUCACCGAGCAGCGCAAGAACAUGCUCCCCUCCCUCCUCGACUUCGGCCUCAUCUACAUCCCGCAGCACAAGCGGUCCAUGUUCUUCCCGACCCGGCUCGCCACCACCCUUACCAGCGGCGGGAGCAGCCUGCGCACCAUUAGCGAGGGCGUGGCCGCCGCGACCGCCGCCGCGACGACUACAGCCGGCGGCUCUUCGUCGCAGUCGGGCUCGGGCGGAGCGGGCGGGCCCCUCGGCCCCUCGGCCGACCAAAAGGGCAGCGUCAUCGUCGAGACCAACUACCGCAUCUACGCCUACACCCAGUCCACGCUGCAGAUUGCCGUCCUCGCACUCUUCUGCAAGCUUAACAUGCGGUUCCCCGACAUGGUCGCCGGCCGCGUGACCCGCACCUCCAUCCACCAGGCCAUCAACUUUGGCAUCAGCGCCGACCAAAUCAUUUCCUACCUGGCCGCCCAUGCGCACGAGCAGAUGCACCGCAGCGCCGCCCUCGCCAACAAGCCCAUCCUGCCGCCCACCGUCGUCGACCAGAUUCGCCUGUGGCAGCUGGAAAACGAACGCAUGAAGACGACGGGCGGCUUCUUGUUUCGUGAUUUCGAGGACCAUAAGGAGUUUCUGGAUACCGCGCGGUUCGCGGAGGAAAUCGGCGUCUUGGUUUGGAGGAGCGACAAGUCGGGCAUGUUUUUUGCCAACAAGUACGAGCAGAUUAGGGAUUAUUUGAAGAGCAGGAAGCGUAUCGAAUAG